GAGGGUAAGAAGAAGAAGAACCACGUGAUUCGCACUAACUGGAUUCCAAGAUGGCGGUGGUAGUGCGGAGUCUGCAAGACCAGCUCGAAAAAGCAAAAGAAAGCCUGAAGAAUGUGGACGAUCAUAUUCGUAAAUUGACGGGACGAGACCCUAAUGAAUCAAGGCCGGGUCAGAACCGUCGGCUGGGCGGCCCCAUGGCAGGCCCGGGUGGAGGUAGAGGCAGAGGAUUGAACCUGCUUAGGCGCAGUCUCUCAGACAUGGGAAGCGGCGGCCCCCCUGCCAAGCAGAGGGACAUUGAAGGAGCUCUGCUGAGGUUGGCGGGGGACCAGAGGGCCAGGAGAGACUCGCGGCAGGACAGCGACGCCGACGAUGAUGACGACGUUAAAAAGCCGGCGUUGCAGUCGUCCGUGGUAGCUACCUCCAAGGAGAGAACACGCAGGGACCUCAUCCAAGAUCAAACCAUGGAUGAGAGGGGCAAACAGAGGAACCGGCGUAUGUUCGGCCUGCUGAUGGGGACCCUGCAAAAGUUCAAACAAGAGUCCCAUGUGUCCACAGAGAAGCAAAAGCGUCGUACGGAGAUCGAGCAGAAGCUUGAGGUUCAGGCUGAGGCUGAGAAAAAGAAGGCCGAAAGUGAUAAAAGAGAGCUGUUCGAAGAGAGGAGAGCCAAACAGACUGAGCUGAGACUGCUGGAACAGAAAGUGGAAUUAGCUCAGCUGCAAGAGGAGUGGAACAGCCACAACGAUCAUCUGGUGAAAUUCAUUCGUACCAAGACCAAGCCUCACAUCUUCUUCGUACCUGGAAAAAUUUGUUCCGCCACACAAAAACUCCUCGACGAGUCCACCAAGAACCUAAAUGCCGUGUUUGAGGAGAGGCGUGAGGCUUUUACCGAACACCUCAGCAAGAUGGAGUCCCGCCCCCGGAGGCAACCAAACCGCGACCAGGACGGAAACAUGGCAGCAUCAGGGAUGGACCACUCGGCGGAGGGUAAGCCCACAGGUCAGGUAGUCAAGGGGACAGGUAACAAGGGGGAUGCAGAGAUGGAGGAUGAGGAAGACGAGGAUGAAGAUGAGGACAGGGAAAAGAAAGGAGACAGAAACUUUGCUGCGCAGGAAUACAAAGGGGAGGAAGUGUUUAAGAAGGAUGAUGUGGAGAUGGUGGAGUUGAUUGAGGAGGAGGAGGAGGACGAGAAGGUAGCAGAGGAGGGGAUUAAAGACGUAGAGGGCAAGGGGGAGAAGGAGGAAAGCUUAGGGUCAGAGGAGAUGGAGGUGGGGGGCGGGCCAGAGCAGGUGGACAGGAGGAAGGGAGAGGAGGAAGGAACAGUUAGAGAGCAGGGGCCCACUGACCUCCAAAGUGAGAAGAGCCAGGACACCCAGACCUCUGAACCAGCUGCAGCCAGCCAGGGAGCAGAAAACCCCAAUCACCAGCCCCAGCCCGGCCGCACAGCAGGGGAGCCGCCAGUAAAGCCCUCUGAGAACACGGCAUCCGCUCCAACCCCAGAGCCCCAGACGGCCCCCCCGCAGCCAGGGCGGGAUGUCAUCCCUGACUCCGAGGUCCAAAACUCGGCACCAGAGAAGCCGGAGGUGGAAGAGAAACCAGGUGACGAGGCUCCCCAAAAACUUCCUGAUUCCCAGGAGGCUCCCAGUAUCCCCCCCGCGCCCUCUAAGGGGAAGGACACUGGGAGAGGGAGGCAGAAGGAAAAGGAGCCCAAAAAAAAGCGUGGUCAUAGCAAAAGCUCCUCCUCUUCCUCCUCUGGCUCCUCCUCGAGCUCAGGCUCCUCAUCGUCCUCUGGGUCAAGCUCUUCCAGCACAUCCUCGUCCUCGUCCUCAUCAUCCAGCAGCCGAAGUCGCAGCCGAGACGGCAGCAAGCGCAAAAGGAGGCCGUCUGAAAAGGCCAGGGAUCGGAAAAAAGGAGAAGAAAAGGCUAGCCGCAAGAGAGGAGGCAGGGACUCAAAGGGGCCCAAAGAGAAGGAGGAGAAGAAGAGGAGCGAGGAAGGGAAGCCCCGGUCGUCCCGUAGCGAUAGGGAGCAUAAAGAGAGAGACAGGAAGGACAAGAGACGCUGAACGGGUGGAAAAUAUGCUACGUUUAUAAUUGAGCAUUUUCCCUUAAAAUGUCAUAAAGGCCUUUUGGAGGUUUUAACAUUAUUUUUCUCAGUGUAGGGAUUGAAAAGUUGAUGUCAAAAAGGAAGAGAAGUGGAUCUUUUUUAAUAAUUGAAAACCAGUGUGACAGACCAGAUUAUUCGGGACUUCCUUUAGUCGUGUCAUUUUUAUCUUCGUUAUGAAAAGCUCUUUGUGACGAAGAUUGUUGAAUGUCUUAUCUUAUUCAUAAUGCCACAGGCUGAUGCAACGUGAGUCAUCGCACUAUUAGCUGUAACAUCAACUCACACUAGUGAUUUCAAGUUGACAUGACAACGCUGUUCAGCCCAUUUCCAACUUCAAAGAUGUGUAUUUCACCACGUGGGUAUGUGUGAUUUAGCCCAAAAGCUGGUUUUGAAAAUGUUUUUUCCAUUUUUUUUUUGUACUGUAAAAGAAUCUGCUUCAAUUAAAAGGUGAAAUAUAAA